GAGGCUAUGCUGCAGGGCUGCAGAUGGAUGCAUCUCGGUUGGGGAAGGUUGGAAGGGAUUCUGGAGAGACAGGAGUAUUUUUUAUUUUUUUUAACUUUUUUUAUUUACUUAGUAGUACAUGAUUAGGUAGGAGGGUUUAAUUUGUAUUUGUAUGUAUGUUUGUUUGUUUUAUUUUAUUCUAGUCUGUAAACUAUGCUUGACCACACCCUCCACUACAGUAGGUGGCGGCAGAGGCACGGUUGUUUGCAGACCGCCAUUAGAAGAAGGCAUGUCAUGUGAUCUACCAUUACAGAAAUCUUCUGGAAUAAAUAAACCGACAAGCUAGUCAACUCAAACAUCAUCAUUUGAAAAGAGGUUACACUCAUUUAGGUUUGUUCAAGAAGUUUAGCUAUAUAUGAAGUAUAAUGUCGUCAAGCCAUGCCAAAGUCGCGGUUGGUGCAUCCAAAGACUCAAGUUUUUUGGGAGGAAGGAUACCAUCAGAAAUCGAAAUCAUGGCUAAACAGCUGAAGGAUUUAGACCAAGAAAUGUUUAGAAAAAUACUGAAAGCGGUGGUGAGUGCUAUUGAGGGUAAGGACUGCAGAGAAGCAAUGAAGGCUAUCGCGGAAAAUGCUGCCCUCCCUGAAGAACGGUUGAGUUAUGUUGUGGCUGGAAUGUACAGACUCCUAAAAGAGGCAUUACGUAUCCCCACAUCAUCGUUAAAACAAGAGGUCUUCAAAGAAGAUCUAAGGGAACUAAGGAUACCUGAGGAAUUCAUCACAGACUUUGCAAGUGUGGUGUUUGGCAAUCGACGAACAGCACUGGAGGCAGUGGCUACACAGCAGGGGCCUCGAUUACCCUCCCUGAAGGAUUUUAGAUGGAGAGUAGAUGUGGCCAUAUCAACAAGCUCCCUAGCUCGUGCCUUGCAGCCCUCCAUUUUAAUGCAGAUGAAGCUCUCAGAUGGAAAGGGCCAUCGCUUUGAGGUGCCUGUUUCCAAGUUCCAAGAACUCCGAUACAACGUUGCGCUAAUUCUUAAAGAGAUGAACGAUCUGGAGAAGAGAAGCGUUUUGAAGAUUCAAGAUUAACCGUGCAUGUCAGUAAGGUUAUUAGAAGAUGGUUUCAUCAGGCAAGGUUUUUGCCAUAAAAAGGAUUUAUAUGAUUUUGACAUGUCAUACUGUAGAUAUUAAAUAUGAUCAAUUGUACUAAAAUGGGUGUUGUGUUUUAAAUAUCCGAUAUUUUUAUUAGCACUUGACUUAAUAAUGGUGUUAACAGUAAAUGUAUUGUUUGUGUUUAUAACCAUGUGUUUAUUUAAAUUACCGUUCAAAGUAAAGUUGACCUAGAAAUGCUAAGGUGACAUGGGGGAAAGUUAUGGGUCAGCCACAGGAUGAAGGCUAAACCUCAUCCAGGUCUAGACUGACUGGGUUACACCGAUGGCCCACUUUCAGUCACUGUAAAAGAAAGUUGACCUGUCCCUGGCUGUCUGAAAAUGGGAUUGAGUUCAUUUGCAAGCUCAGACGACCUACCUGUGUGGAGGAAUUUGGGUAACAAUGUAACCCACUAACAGACUUUAGUCCUUGAAUGAAUAAAAACACAUUUUCCAUGUAA